UCAUCCGCCAGUCGACAUAGGUCCCCGCGAAUUGCUACUCCGUUCAUUUUGUGUCGUGUUUGCAGCCACAAAAGAGGUACAUAUUGCGGUAUCUGAGAUGAUCGCCGUGUCAAUUUAAUUUUUUUUUUAAACCUGCUUUGUUUGGUUACUUCGCUUUAGCCGAGAUUGGACAUCGCUGAUGUUUCAGCCUCCGUGUCCCUCAGUAGGCUGUGCUGCGGAGUGAUACUUAACUUCAUUGGAACCGACAAUGUGGAGGCUGUUAAAAUGUCUACUUGGAAAAUGAAAUGGUUACAUUUUCUCUAACAAUAAGGAAACGGAGCAGCAAAAUAGUUAUGGUUCGUGUUAGAAACGUCUUUUCAGUUUCGUGACGAAGACAACAACCAAACGAGGCGACGGAGGAGUGGUUCAUAUUGUCUUUUCUCAUUUUCAUCAAGCCCUCAGUCCGGACCACGGGGGGAAGGAUCCUAUCCCUAACUUUGUUUUUCUCUCUACUGCGGCCGUCGAUUUCUCUCUGUUGGAUGCCAUAUAAUUGAAUCCAGUCGCUCGCUGAGACUGAAAGGCCCAAGUGAACAGCAGCAGAGAAUGGCUGCAGUGGAAACAGACAAGGAGCUCAACGACUUGCUGGAUUUUAGCGCGAUGUUUGAGCCUCCAGUUUCAAACGGCAAGAACCGGCCGACUACUCUCGCCAGCAGUCAGUUUGGAGGUUCAGGUAUAGAUGAGAGGAGUGGGUCCAGUCCCUGGGGCCCAGGAGAACAGAACAGUCCAUCUUUCAACCAGGGAAGGGGUUAUGGGGAACAAGGCCUUUAUGGUGAGCAAGAGGGCAUUGCUUCUGCCCCCAUGUAUGGAUCAGGGAUUGUCGGAAAGGCUGAGCGAGGACCAUACUCGUCAUUUGCAACACAGCCGGGUUUUAUGCCCAGUGAGAUGCCCAUGCCCAGUCCCGAUGCCCUCUCCCCGUCUGGCCUGAAGUCCAACUCCCAGUUUUAUUCCUCCUAUGAGGGAAGCAACCCUCGCAGGAGACCCUCACAGGAGCCUAUUGGACCACAGCCUAAAAAGAUCAGGAAGGUGCCCCCUGGCCUACCCUCCUCUGUUUAUGCAUCAGCCUCAGGAGAGGAUUUUAACAGGGACAAUGCUGGUUACCCUGCCUCCAAGGCAGGAAAUGUCUACCAACAUUAUUACAUGCAAGAAGGCCUCCACCCACCCUCUGAUCCAUGGGGCUCUGCCAGGUCGAUGGUUCAGCCUGGUUAUUCUGCCAUGCUGGGGAACUCCCCCCAUCUGGGCCAGCCUGCUCCCUUCACUGCCAUCAACCCCCAAGACAGACUGAAACGGCAGCCACUGCCCCUCUCUCCCCAAAACUACCCCAUGCAUGGCAGUGAUGUGAAUGGGGCUCAUCCUGCCGGCUUCCACUCUGGCCCCCACUCUGGCCCCAGCAGCUUUGGAGUCCCCAGCCACACACCCCCUAUGGCUGACACUAUUAUGGCCAAUCGAGGAGCAGUACCUGGAAGUUCAGGUGAUGAGAUUGGAAAAGCCCUGGCAUCUAUCUAUCCUUCAGACCCACACAGUAACACCUUCCCUCCGUCUCCGUCUACUCCCUCUGGCUCUCCCCAGGCUGUAUCAGGCUCUGCAUCCCAGUGGACUCGGUCCUCUGGCCAGGCCACACCUUCUCCCAACUUUGAGAGUGGAAUUCAAUCCAUGCCAAGUAAAAUGGAGGACCGUCUGGACGAAGCCAUCAAUGUUCUUCAGCGUCAUGCCAGCGGACAAGGAGGGCCAGGACUGGCUGAGAUGCAGAGUCUUCUCUCGUCUAGCUUAGGGUUGCCUCCAGCCUUCACCAGUGCAGCACUUGGAUUGGCCAGUCGCCUGCCUGGACUGCUGUCCGGUCACCAUGAGGACUCUCCUGGUCUGCCCUCUAGUGGAGGACUUAUGCAUGGUCACCACGGCCCCGCAUCUGUCCAGCCAGGCUCUCAGCCUGAAGGUUUUACCGCCCUGUCCGGUAGCCUAAAUCGCUCCAGUGGUUCUGAUAUCAAACGAGAGGACAAGGAGGACGAUGAAAACUGCUCCAUCACCGACAGGUCAGAGGACGAGAAAAAAGACGUGAAGGCCCGCCUGGGAACAAGUCUGGAUGAUGAGGAAGACGAUGAAGAUCUACCAGUGGAGGUAAAGGCUGAGCGGGAGAAAGUGAGGAGGCAGGCAAACAACACCCGUGAACGGCUACGUGUGCGGGACAUCAACGAGGCUUUUAAGGAGCUGGGCCGCAUGUGUCAGCUCCAUCUGAGCCACGAGAAACCGCAGACCAAAUUGAUCGUACUGCAACAGGCCGUUAACGUUAUACUCAACCUGGAGCAGCAAGUUCGAGAGCGUAAUUUGAACCCAAAGGCUGCCUGCCUCAAGAGGAGAGAGGAGGAAAAAGUUUCCGGCGUGGACCCCCAGAUGCAGCUUGGUGGGGGUCACCCUGGUCUAGGAGGAGAUGGACACAUGUAAUUCUCAGUUCCUGUUGAUUGUACAGCCCUUAGAACACGUGGCCUUAAUCUAUCAUUGUCAUGCAUCUCAGUGUGUGUUAAUCAACUUUUGGAAAGCACACACGCACACACACCUCAUUACUGACAAAGCAGGUGGCCACAUUCCUGACUAUGAAUACAAAAGUAACAAGCACACUCUUACAGAAAGAGAGGAAAAUGUAUUAAUCUUAACAUGACAACACUUUGAACCGAGGACACCGGUUUGGAGACAGUGGAAAUUGGACAUAAGGACAUUCUUAUGAUCGUGUUUUUGUAAGACAUUUUGAAAAAUUGCUUUACGUGUUGGGAGCAAAACUUGUUUGGAUCAAAUGAAACUUUUUGGAUCAACUGCUUGUGUGAGCAGAGUUAGGAUUUGUAUUGUUGGAUGAUUAUUGGCAUUCCCAUCUGAAAAGCAGGUCUUACAUUCUUCACAGGCAAAGAGGGACAACUGGGUUUAUAUCUUAUGAUUGAGCAAAACCCGUUUUAAACAUGUGCCCAAAAGAGGCCUAAUGCAUAGUGUUAAGAUAAAAUAGCCAUCAUCAUUAUCUCCUUUUAUGAUGACUGAAUUACAGAGGCAGGUUUGGAGACCUCCAGCAACUAACUGGGCAAUCAGAGAGACAACUCCUUUUUUUUUGUCGGUAUUCUGGUAUUUCUAGAUGUAUUUUUUUAUUUUUUAUUUCUUGCUUUGACUAAAAAGGUGCCACAGUCACUGACUCACAUGUGGUGGGUUAUUUUUUGUUUAUUCAUCACUGUGGAUCCCUGAAUCUUACCUCUCUUUAAGUCCUGUACAUCUGUUAUGGUCACUGCAAUGCAAGUGAAACAGAGACUGACAGAGAGAGGCCCUCCACCGACGCAAACCUGAGCAAAGACUCAAUACAAAUCCAGGAACCACAGUGAUGUUGAAUCAAAUGUGCAGAUGCACAUCUCAGCUGAUUGGAUUGGAGUGUACAGAUGUCAUCCUCACUGCUCAGCUCCUUCACCAUCAUGACUGUCACACAGCCAUGUGGUCAGCCAGUGUCCCAUCAGUCUGCCCCUGUCAAAUCAUACCUAAAGACUCUGUUACAGCAUUAGGAACUUACUAAACUUAAGUCUCGAAGCAAUUUGUAUUGUGGUAAAUCACAUUUUGCGAGAAGGCAGAAAUAAUUGGGUAUUGAAAGGGAUCAUGAGUGUACCUGCUACCCUGUAGAGAAUUUACUUGCCAUUGAUGGACUUGUUUUGGUUGUUGCGGUGUUUUUGAGCAUUUAGUGUUGUUUUUUUUCCCCCCCCUUUUGAACAAUUGCAAAGCCUGUUGUAAGGAUCUUCCUUUUGUAGAAUUGAUUUAUCAUUGCUUUUUGUAUCGUUUUAUUUUUUACUUUGUAAGAUAGUUGUAUGACUUUUGUUUGUAUCAUUUGGAAUGCUCUCUUUUUUUGUUUACAUUGUUUAAAUGUAAGACGACUCUCAAUUUAGAUUCCAUGAACAAAGUGAGGUGUUUUCUUUUGUGCCAGGUGCUUAGAAAUGACAAACUUCUGUAACAUCACAUGUUGUGAUAUUGCUCUCUAUUUUGAAAAAAAAAAAAAAAAAUGCAUGUUUCAACACAAACCUGUCUGACCAGUUGUAAUUGGAUUGUUCUGGUGUUUGUGACAGUUUUUCUUAAAUGGAACAAUAUUUUUUCUUCAGCACACCCCCCCCUUCUUCUCUCCCUGAUGUCCAGCUCUUUGAUGAGCUUGUUGAUUAGUUUGAGGAAGGGGCAGUGGGGCCGGUCUGCACAAUCUGCAACAUAAUUCACUGUUUUGUCAGGAUCUGAAGCAUAAAAUGAAUCAAAAAAAAAAAGGGUGGCCUUAGUCAUUUUCCUGACUUUGGGAGUUUUGAUAAUGGUUACUCACCAGUGCCUGAAUACUUCUCUGCUACAUGGUGGGUGAUGUUGCAUUUGAGGAUUUAUAGGUUGUACCUUUUUAUAAUACAGAUGUAUAAAAACAUACAUACUUCUGUAACAUCUGACAGUGUCUCAGAACAUCUAAGUGAAGAAUUACACUCAUUGAUACAGAUUGCUUCAGUGUCUAGGUCAUUAAAUGUAAAAUGACUAAUAACCUGGUCUUCAACUUUGACGCUGAAAACUGCUUAAAAUGUUUCAUCUUUUAUGUACUGAUUUUGUUAAGUAUAAUUUUGUCCUUGACUGGCAUGUGCAUUGAUAUGUAUGUACAGCUGUAUAUGUCAGCUUUAUCAUUGUAAGCUGAUACUGAUAUGUAACAGUAUUUGGUUUUCUACCUGUCAUUUUAUCACAAAUCUUGCCCCACGGACUAGCCCCAAACAUUAUUUUCUUGUCAGUUACUCUAACCUUUCUGCAGAAAAAUGUGGUGUUGUUAUGAUAUGAAAAUCUCUACUAAAGACUUAUACUUUUAUUUCUUUACAUGAAAGAUAUGUCGGCGGAAUCCAAGGAACAAAACAUGCACCUAAUAUUCUUUGAUAAGAGACCCUUUCUGUCCUCCACAACAGAUGAACUGCUACAAAUCUCUCUGUCUUCACUCAUGUUUGGGGACAACAUCUAUGUAGGCUAUGUCCUCAAAGUGCCUCCAGUUUCCUAUUUUUUAUAUAUAAAGUAGAUAUAGAGAACUGUUGUGUAUAUAACAGUAAUGUAGCAAUAAAUGUGCCAUUUUUAAUAACAACUA